AUGCCCAGCAUGACCGACGCUGGCGACGCCUCGGCCGACAGCGGCUACGACUUACAUGACCUGAUCGAGAUUGACGACUCUACGGAUGACGAGGUUGUCGAGGUCAAUCCGCUCCCUGUGCCUCUUCCCAAGGCCGAAGUCACGAUGACGAAGGCUGUCGGUACCAUUGUGACCGAUGACGAUGACGAGAGCGAAUACGUUGACGAAGGUUCCGCCGAGGGAGAGGACCAGGAUGAAGUCAGCGAUGAGGAAGACCAGGACACCGACAACAAGACUCGAGCCCAGCAGGCACCCAUCGAGACGAUGACUGUCGCCACCAAAGACAAGCUGGACCAGACCCAGGACGAAGGUCAGAGUGACGACGAGGUUGAGCACGUACCCAAGCCGGUGGCCGCCGCCAAGGAUGCCACCCCUCCUGUCGCCAUGAAGAGGUCCAAACCAGCAGUAAAGAAGCAAGACGACGCUAACGACGUAGGGAACACCGCCAGCAGCGCUAGUCGCGGACGUGGGCGCGGACGUGGACGUGGUCGCGGUGCCUCCCGUGGAGGAGCUGCCAGCACCGGUCGAGGUGGCGCUACCACCAAAGCUCGCAAGUCAACUAGCGUCUCUCCUUCGCCCACCCCGGACGUCUCUACUCCACCUCCCGCCGACGGCAGCAAGUCUCCCAGUCCAUCCACCACUCCACUUCCCGCUCGCGGUCGCGGUCGCGGUCGACCCAGGGGCAGCGGCACCCCUCGCACGCCUCGUGGUGGCAAGUCCAAGUCACCCACCGUCAUCGUCCCCGCUACACCUUCCUCCUCGCUCUCUUCCCUCUCCGCGUUUACGCAAAUGGCCCCCACCUCACCCACCAGCAGCGAUUUCACCGCUGACACGAUGACGACGGAAGAAUUCUUCGCCGCCAAGACUCCGCCUUCCACCCCUACGCCUCUGCCUACUCCGCCCAGGACGCCGACCAAGAGAAAGAGGAAGGUCUCCGAGACUACCCCUGGCUUAGAAGAUGGGGUUGAGGUGGUGAUCGACAGCUCGCCUGGGACGACGGAGGAAAGUCCGGCUAAGAAGAAGCGCGUGACCAAGCCCCGGGCGAAGAAGGUUCCUGCUCCGCCCAAGGUCACUGCUGCUGAUCCCGCUGCAGGUGCUGUACCUGCUGCUCCUGCUCCAACGGCUGAAGAAGGCAAUGCAGUGAAGGAGGACCCUCAGAGUCAGGAAAGCUCCACCUCCGCUGCUAGCUCGACCACGAAGACCACGAAGAAGGCCAAGGGGCCCAAGCCCAAGGGUGCUUGGACAAGCAAAGAGAUGAUGUUCCUAUUCACCCAUGUCUUCGUUCGAAACUACGAGGUGGACUGGGAGGUCGUCGCUCGAUCGGCCAAGCUGCCCGAUCUGGUGCGCACGCUGGAGGAUUACCUUGGCAGGUAUCCGACCUCCUGA